AUGGCGAUGCAUACUCCAGCCAAGAUCGAAGGAGGUCUCGAGCACGUCGAAAAGUCUGAGAAGACCCAAACCGGCGAGACGGCGAUCGAUUUGGCGGCGGAGAAGCAGCUGCUCCGGAAAUGCGACUGGCACCUAAUCCCGCCCCUGGUGGCCAUCUACUUUCUUUCGUUUAUGGACCGCACAAAUAUUGGCAACGCGAGAAUCCAGGGCAUGACGGCCGACUUGAACAUGCAAGGAGCUGAUUACAAUAUUGCUCUCUUCGUGUUCUUCAUCCCCUACAUCAUCUUCGAAGUACCGUCGAACUUGGUCAUCAAACGAAUCUCUCCAUCACUGUGGCUAAGCUCAAUCACGGUCUUGUGGGGCAUCUCAACUAUCGGCAUGGGCUUCGUUAACAGCAACGGUGGUCUCAUUGCGUGCAGGCUCCUGCUUGGCUUCUUUGAAGCUGGCAUCGUGCCCGGCUGUAUCUACCUAAUCUCAAUGUACUAUCAGCGUUACGAGGUACAGUGGCGCAUGAGUCUCUUCUUCUGCGCCGCUAUCCUCGCCGGUGCCUUCUCCGGCCUCCUCGCUUAUGCCAUUGGUAACAUGCAUGGCGUCGGCGGAUAUUCGUCAUGGCGUUGGAUCUUUAUCCUCGAGGGACUUCUUACCGUUGUCAUCGGCAUCGUCUGCAGGUGGUGGAUUCCUGACUGGCCGGAGACGGCCGGGUUCCUCAGCGACAGUGAGAGGGCUAUGCUCAUUUCUCGGCUGGCUGCCGACUCUGGAGACGCGAAGAUGGACCACCUGGACAAACGUGCCGCUCGCCGCGUCGCUAAAGACUGGAAGAUCUACCUUGGCACAAUUGCAUACAUGGGCAUCGUCAACAACGGCUAUGCUGGAUCCUUCUUUAUCCCGACCAUCCUGAACCAGAUGGGCUUCAAGGCGGCCGACGCCCAGAUCCGCACCAUCCCCGUCUAUGUCGUCGCGACGGUUCUCUGUCUUGGCUCGGCGUGGCUCGCCGACCGGCUUCGCCACCGCUUCGCCUUCACUCUGCUUGGUAUUGCAGUGGCUACUGUAGGCUACAUUCUGCUCCUGUGCCAGAACUCGCUGUCCGUCGGCGUGCGAUACUUUGCCCUCUUCCUGAUUGUCGGCGGUGGCUACAUCACCCAGCCCGUCGUCCUCGGAUGGCUGUCCAACACAAUGUCUGGCCACUACAAGCGGUCGAUCUCCGCCGCCGUCCAGGUCGGCGUCGGCAACGUCGGCGGGUUCGUCGCCUCCAACGUCUUCUUCGACAGGGAGGCCCCGCGCUACGUCACUGGGUACUCCGUCAGCCUGGGCAUGAUUGCCAUUUGCGCAAUCGCCUGCACCGCCUUGUACGUUUUGCUCUCAAUGGAGAACAAGAAGCGGGAUCGUGGCGAGAGAGACCACAGGCUCCAGGAGCCGGAUGCACACAACCUCGGCGACGACCACCCUGACUGGCGUUACACUACUUAAGGCGGUUGGUAGGAAUGGUAGAUUUCCAACUUGCUCGUGUGGCCGAUCUCUACGUGAGAGGCCACACCAUCUUUAGUUAUAGCAACAGUCCGCCAGCAGAGAAAAUGCGCUUCCGGGCAGGAGCUCAGAUGUACACUAGAAUGAUACCUCCUUCUAGUUGACACAAUUUACGGAACACCAAGAGC